AUGAUUACAGCUAAUGAUAAUGAGAUUAGUGAGAUAAGAUUAUUAGAAAACAAUGAAUAUAAAAUAUCAAAGAACAUUUAACAAACCAAUAAUGGUGUUUAUAAAAUAAUAUAACUGAAUGAUGACAUAUUCAUCUGUGCAUUAUAUGGUGGUCAGAUAUCUCUAUUGAGUAUUUCAAAUUAGCAAUACUCUCAAGUAUUCUAAAUUAAUUCAUUUAAAUGUAUUUCAGAAAUAUGCAAAAUCAAAAAUGAAUAGAAUAAGACUACUUUUGCUUUUGGUGAUGGUCUUGGUAAUGGUAUUGCCAUAUGUUAAUUAAUUAAGAUAAGUGACUAUGAUUACUAAUUAAUUUAAGAUCAACAAAGAUUGGUUGAAAAUGGGAAAAUAUUGUCAAUAAUGCUUGUUAAUUCUAAAAUUAUAAAAGAAAAAGGAUGGUUCAAUGUGUAAUACUAUGACUAUGAUUUGAACCCAUUCGCUUUUGUAAAAGAUUAUGAGAAGAUAUCAUUGAUUAAUUUUAGAAACUACCAGAUAAUCAGAGUCAUUGAUUCUAGGUAUAUUUAUAAUAAUAAGAAUGGUAGAUUAAUAAACAUGAGAAUUUAUAAAGAAGGAGAAUCACAAUAGAUAUACAGACUCUUCGAUGUACAAAGAAGUGACAGAUCUGCUGAAAUAAGAGAAAUAAGGCUAAGAAUACCUUGA